UCCGAUUUUAAUGAAAUUUUCAGCAUUGUGCUUGUCCGAUUGAUUCGAAUCAACAUUUUUCUGAGGUGGACUUGACCACCUCAUGAUCAUGCAUAUUAGAUAUUAUGGGAAUAAGCAAGACGAAUCGAUAAAAAAAUCCAUGAUGGCAAAGUAUUAAUGGGCAUAAUAUAGUGCGAUUUUUAAUGCAGAUCGACCAGUCUCUAAAAUGCGUAUUAGUUGAACCAUAACACUGGGAGUGUGCGUGAUUUUUCUAGUGGUAUUUUUUGCAUCCCGGGCAGCACCCCCUGGAAAUCUGAUUGGUAUGCUAAACGGCUUUUUGACCCAAUCACCUUCAUUUUUUCUGUGUUUGUUGUUGUUAUUGUAUUUGCUUGUUCAAUUUUUUUCUGACCAUAAUCACCCCUUUUAAAGUUUUUUUUGAACGAAACCCCCUAUUUUCGAUUUUUUCUCUCAAAAUGAGCACCCCUCUUUAAAAAAUCGUUUCCAGGCUGCUGAGUUGAACACCACAUAGGUUCAUAUAAAUCGACAUCGAAAGAGGGAGACUAGAUCAAUGAUCAUGACCUCAUUAGAGAAAUUAAACACAGCCUUUACUAAGCUAACAUUGUUCUAUAAUAUUUACAAUUCCAAUAGUCAGGUGACAAAUUUGCUUAUCUGCAAAAUUAUCACCUUGAUAUCAAAACACCGAUAGGAACACGAUCCCGUUUCUAUAAAAGAUCGUAAGACAUUUCCAAAUUCUUCCUUUGUCUAACUAAACAAUAAUUGGUCACUUUGUUUCAAAUUAUUUGAGAAGAAAAUAAAAUUCUGUUGUAGUUUAUUACCUCACGCCCCAUAAGAAAAUGUGGGAAAAAAGUAUAAUGACACUUUAUACUUUGGAAGCACUUGAGCCACUAUCAUAAUUAGUUCAACGUGGUAAAGAGUACCUUUCGAUGCAACGACCACUGUAAUGUUUAUUUAAAGAUAAUCAAUUUUGUAAUCAUGAAAGACUUUGUCUAUUCGUGGUCGUUGACGUAAUACGGUAUAAUUGGUAGAGAUAUAGGGCCUAAUUUGUAAAGACACACAUAAAUAACCUUAAUACUGAAAGUUGAGAGUUCCUAACAAGAUGGCCUUGUGCAUUCGUUUACUCAUCGUUGCCAUAAUCGUCGUUUGUUACCCCAUAUCAUCAUAUUCGAUGAUGACCCCGACUAUGAUCAGGGAUCUGCUUGCCGUUGGAGAGUCUCAUUUUACUCCUUUUGAAGACACGAUGGAAAGUAAUGUUUCACUAGAGUGCAGGAAAGAUCUCAUCAAACUGGUUGUACAGAAACCCAUCGGGAAGAUAGCACUUGCUUUAGACGCGACAGGUAAACCGAGUGCAGGUUUUCUCGUUGGGAACUGGGCGUGGUUGGGCCAUUUUGAUGAAUGCAUGGCCAUUGAUACCUUCAGGUACUGUUUAUCAUACAUCCGUCUUAAACUGCCACCAGUACCCGUCAACAUUCCUUUACAAUGGGGUAUAUGCACUCCCGAAAGCUGCUCAAAUUCUGAUGUUCUUAAUUCCCUCAACUUGUUGUUAGACCUGAUAUCCGCACCUUUUAACGACACCGACAUAUCAGCAGCAAUUGUGCAGUGCUCCGAAGAACCUCCUGCUCCGUUCACCAAAGGCUUCUGGGCAACUCUAUCAUUGAGUUGUUUCUUUGCCUUGUUAAUGAUUACCGGGGCCCUCCAAGAUGAAUUGCGGAUUUGGCGGUCUAAGGACAGGCACGGAGGGUCAACUUUAUCAAAACCCUCACAGAACGUACCUGCAUCACAAAACACGACUGCAGAAAUGCCAACAGAAGUUUACGAGGUGAGGGGAAAUCAAGACAAUCAUGACAAUGGAACACAGACCGAUCAGGGAGUAACCAACGAGGGGUUCAGGAUGGAGAUUGAUGGCGAUGGCCAGAACAGGAUGGACCAAUCCAAAGGCAAUGAACUUGAUAAUGACAUCAGUUCAGAAAAGAAUACUUCAAGCUCAACAUCGGAUGGGGAUAGUUCUCAGUUAUCUCAAGUCAUUCGGGAUGCUGGGCGAGUGAUUUCUCGGGUCUGUCAAGAGGUGACUAGAAGCUUCGCUUUUAACCUAAAUCUGGAAAGUCUGAUGAACACCAAGACGACGAAUGCAACCAUUCGGUGUUUGGAUGGAAUCCGGGUACUUAGCAUGACGUGGAUAAUACUUGGUCACGUGCCCUCUUUCCUGAUGGGCAAUACACUCUAUGCAAACGCUCCCUUCGCUCUGGAAAUGCUUACCCAUUUUGGAUUCCAGGUUGUCGUUAAUGCCUAUCUAGCUGUCGAUAGCUUCUUUUUCUUAAGUGGCUUAUUAGUGACGUACAUGACCUUAAAACGAAUGGUGAAAACAAACGGACAUAUACCUUGGUUUUGUUUCUACUUUCAGCGUUACUGGAGACUUACCCCGGCGAUGGCAUUUUCCAUGUUGAUUUGGAUGUAUAUAAGACCACUGCUCGGAGAAGGUCCAAAGUGGGCAGGACAAGUCAUUGACCAUGGCUGUAGCGAAGGGUGGUGGGCAAACUUACUCUACAUCAACAAUUUCGUUCACGGCAGAUGUAUCAGUUGGGUGUGGUAUCUUGCAAAUGACUUCCAGUUCUUCGUUAUCAGCCCCAUUUUCAUACUUCUGUUAUACAAGAAACCUCGGAUUGGCUUUGGAGCUCUGAUCGUCACAUGCGUAGCAAGUGUUACGACGACGGCUGUUUUGAUGGUCAUCAAUGAUUUCAACGCUCGUCUCAACGGUAUGUUGGAUCUAAAUUCAAAUGCCGGCGAAUUUCAACAGACAAUAUACGUGAAGCCAUACUGUCGCAUCCCACCCUAUCUGGUCGGUAUGGCUGUGGGGUAUCUUCUUCACAUGAACCGAGAUAAAAGAAUCUCCAUGCAUCCAAUAAUGGCUGUUCUUGGUUGGAUAGCUGCAUCUGCCAUAGGGAUGGCGUGUGUGUAUGGUUUCUACCCAAGUUACCAUGGUAACGAAUUAUCUACUGCUGACAGCGCGGCCUACAUGGCGUUGUCGAAGUUUGCUUGGGCUGUCAGCGUGGCUUGGGUUGUUAUCGCUUGUCACCAUGGAUACGGAGGCUGGGUCAAUUCGCUGUUGUCUUGGAGAUUUUGGAUACCCCUCAGUCGGCUCUCAUAUUCCAACUACUUACUUCAUCCCAUCAUACUGACUAUCAUCACUUUUAAUUUCCGAAGCACGUACUUUUAUUCCAACAUCAUGUUCGCGUUUGGAGUAUCGGGAAUAAUCCUCCUGUCGUACGGUGCAGCUCUCUUCCUGUGGCUGGUGGUAGAGACUCCAUUCAGCAACCUCGCCAAGUCACUCAUGGGAUCAUCCAAGAAGAACAGCUAAAUACUUUAGGCAUAAAUCAAUUAAUUUGUAACAUCACAAUAAUCACGAUGAUA